GGCUGUCGGCUGCUGCAGGGGCGCCCGUGCUCCGCGCCGGUGCACUUCGCUUUCUGGGCCCGCCGUGGAGCGCAAUUGGCGCGUUGGCCGUGCGCCCUCCGGCUCCUCUCCCCGAGCCCGCCGCGAUGGGAGCUGCGCGGGGAUCUGCGGCCAGCACCUUCUGGCUGCCCCUGCUCAGUGUUCUGCUGCUGCCGCUGCUAGGCGGCACCUGGGCAGCCAUUGUCUUCAUCAAGGAACCAUCUUCACAAGAUGCUCUGCAAGGCCGCCGGGCACUGCUGCGCUGUGAGGUCGAGGCCCCGGGCCCUGUACACAUCUACUGGCUGCUCAAUGGGGUGCCCGUCCAGGACACAGAGCGUCGUUCCGCCCAGGGCAGCAGCCUGAGCUUUGCCGCCGUGGAUCGGCUGCAGGACUCGGGUGCCUUCCAGUGUGUGGCUCGCGAUAAUGUCACUGGAGAGGAAGCCCGCAGUGCCAACGCCUCCUUCAACAUCAAAUGGAUCGAGGGGGGUCCCGUGACCCUGAAGCACCCAGCCUCCGAGGUUGAGAUCCAGACCCAGACCCAGGUCACACUGCGCUGCCACAUCGAUGGGCACCCUCGGCCCACCUACCAGUGGUUCCGAGAUGGCACUCCCCUCUCGGAUGGUCAGAGCAACCAUACGGUCAGCAGCAAGGAGCGCCACCUGACCCUCAAGCCAGCCAAUCCCGAGCACAAUGGCGUUUACUCCUGCUGUGCCCACAAUGCCUUUGGCCAGGCCUGCAGCAGCCAGAAUUUCACCUUGAAUAUUGCAGAUGAGAGCUUUGCCAGGGUGGUGCUGGCACCCCAGGACCUGGUAGUGGCAAGGAACGACGAGGCCAUGUUCCAUUGCCAGUUCGCGGCCCAGCCAGCCCCAAGCCUGCAAUGGAUCUUUGAGGAUGACACUCCCAUCACCAACCGCAGUCGCCCCCCACACCUCCGCAGAGCCACCGUGUUUGCCAAUGGCUCCCUGCUGCUGACCCAGGUCCGGCCUCGCAACGCAGGGGUCUACCGAUGCGUGGGCCAAGGCCAGAGGGGUCCCCCUGUCAUCCUGGAGGCCACGCUGCACCUGGCAGAGAUUGAAGACAUGGCGCCCUUUGAGCCUCGCGUGUUCACUGCUGGCAGUGAGGAGCGUGUGGCCUGCCCACCCCCGCACGGCCUGCCAGAGCCCAGUGUGUGGUGGGAGCAUGCCGGUGUGCGGCUGCCCACCCAUGGCAGGGUCUACCAGAAUGGCCAUGAUCUGGUGUUCACCAGAACGGCUGAGGGUGACGCUGGCGUCUACACCUGCCUCGCGGCCAAUCUGGCUGGCCAGCGGCGACAGGACAUCAACAUCACCGUGGCCACGGUGCCCAUAUGGCUGCAGAAACCACAGGACAGCCAACUGGAGGAGGGCAAGCCGGGCUACCUGCACUGCCUGACCCAGGCCACUCCCAAGCCCACCGUGGUCUGGUAUCGGAACCAGAUGCUCAUCUCUGAGGACUCCCGGUUCGAGGUGUCCAAGAAUGGGACCCUGCGAAUCAACAGCGUGGAGGUGUAUGAUGGCACGUGGUACCGCUGUGUGAGCAGCACCCCAGCUGGCAGCAUUGAAGCCCAGGCCCGUGUCCAAGUGCUGGAGAAGCUCAAGUUCACGCCGCCGCCCCAGCCACAGCAGUGCAUGGAGUUUGACAAGGAGGCCACAGUGCCCUGCUCAGCCACUGGCCGAGAGAAACCCACUAUUAAGUGGGUACGAGCAGAUGGGAGCAGCCUCCCCGAGUGGGUGACCGACAAUGCAGGGACCCUGCACUUUGCCCGUGUGACCCGAGACGACGCCGGCAACUAUACUUGCAUCGCCUCCAACGGGCCGCAGGGCCAGAUCCGUGCUCACGUGCAGCUCACUGUGGCAGUCUUCAUCACCUUCAAGGUGGAGCCGGAACGCACGACUGUGUACCAAGGCCACACGGCCCUGCUGCGGUGCGAGGCCCAGGGGGACCCCAAGCCGCUCAUCCAGUGGAAAGGCAAAGACCGCAUCCUGGACCCUACCAAGCUUGGACCCAGGAUGCACAUCUUUCAGAACGGCUCCCUAGUCAUCCAUGAUGUGGCCCCCGAGGACUCGGGCCGCUACACCUGCAUCGCGGGCAACAGCUGCAACAUCAAGCACACAGAGGCCCCCCUCUACGUCGUGGACAAGCCGGUGCUGGAGGAGGAGGGCCUGGGCAGCCCUCCACCCUACAAGAUGAUUCAGACCAUCGGGUUGUCUGUGGGAGCCGCCGUAGCCUACAUCAUCGCUGUGCUGGGCCUCAUGUUCUACUGCAAGAAGCGCUGCAAGGCCAAGAGACUGCAGAAGCAGCCCGAGGGCGAGGAACCGGAGAUGGAGUGUCUCAACGGUGGGCCUCUGCAGAACGGGCAGCCCUCGGCCGAGAUCCAGGAGGAAGUGGCCCUCAGCAGCUUGGGCUCGGGCCCAGCAGCCGCCAGCAAGCGCCACAGCAUGAGUGACAAGAUGCAUUUUCCCCGGGCCAGCCUGCAGCCUAUCACCACCCUUGGCAAGAGUGAGUUCGGGGAGGUGUUCCUGGCCAAGGCGCAGGGCCUAGAGGAGGGCGUGGCCGAGACCCUGGUAUUGGUGAAGAGCCUGCAGAGCAAGGACGAGCAGCAGCAGCUGGACUUCCGCAGGGAAUUCGAGAUGUUUGGGAAGCUGAACCAUGCUAACGUGGUGCGGCUGUUGGGGCUGUGCCGGGAGGCUGAGCCCCACUACAUGGUGCUGGAGUACGUGGAUCUGGGAGACCUCAAGCAAUUUCUGAGGAUUUCCAAGAGCAAAGAUGAAAAGCUGAAGUCCCAGCCCCUCAGCACCAAGCAGAAGGUGGCCCUGUGCAGCCAGGUGGCCCUGGGCAUGGAGCACUUGUCCAACAACCGCUUUGUACACAAGGACUUGGCUGCUCGCAACUGCCUGAUCAGUGUCCAGAGGCAGGUGAAGGUGUCGGCCCUGGGCCUCAGCAAGGACGUCUACAACAGUGAGUACUACCACUUCCGCCAGGCCUGGGUGCCCCUGCGCUGGAUGUCCCCCGAGGCCAUCCUGGAGGGUGACUUCUCCACCAAGUCGGACGUGUGGGCUUUCGGUGUGCUGAUGUGGGAGGUGUUCACCCACGGAGACAUGCCCCACGGUGGGCAGGCCGAUGACGAGGUGCUGGCAGAUCUGCAGGCUGGGAAGGCCCGACUUCCACAGCCUGAGGGCUGCCCUUCUAAGCUCUUCCGGCUGAUGCAGCGUUGCUGGGCCCCAAGCCCCAAGGACCGGCCCUCCUUCAGUGAGAUCGCCAACACCCUGGCCGACAGCCCUGCUGACAGCAAGCCGUGAGGAGGGAGCCCUGUGGCAGGCCAGGCCUUGGGAUGGCCUGCAGAGGGGCAGGGGUGCUUCUGGAGGGGAGCCUUCAGCAUAUUGGG